CUCGCAUACAGAGAACACGCACAACACAAGAGUUUCAAGUAAACAGUUGCAAGGUCACACAAUUUGUCUUACAAUAAACCCUUAAUAAUAUCGUUUCACAGCUUCUACCCUGGAAAAUUCCAUUCUAGCCUAAGUCUUAGCCAUGGCAGACACGGACACGAAAGUUAACCCCGCCGACGAGGUCAAGGCAGGUGCAGCACCACAGAAGGAUGAAACUUCUACGGACAAGGUAAUUGGUGGCAGGGAUGCCGGGGAAAAAUCCACUACUGAGAAGGUCGCCGAGAAGGCGACAGCUGCAGGCACUGUAGUCGAAGACAACGUCUUCUCCAUGUUUGGAGGCGGACCGAAGAAGGAGACUAAGAAGGAGGAUGACGACGUCGAUGAGCCUUCUGGUAGCUCAAAGGCAAAGGCGGAGGAUGACGAUGACAAGGUGGCCGAAGAGGAGGCCGACGUCCAUUUCGAACCCGUCGUCCACCUCACAGAGAAGGUUGAGACCAAGACCAACGAGGAAAUGGAAGAGUGUACAUUUAAGAUGCGGGCUAAACUGUUCAAAUUUGAUCGAGAAAGUCGAGAAUGGAAGGAAAGAGGUACAGGAGAUGUUCGAUUGCUUAAGCAUCGAGAAAAUGGCAAGACGAGGCUGGUUAUGCGUCGUGACAAAACCCUCAAGGUCUGUGCGAAUCAUUACGUCGUUCCGGACAUGAAACUAAGCCCUAACGUGGGCUCCGACCGUUCAUGGGUGUGGAAUGCGGCGGCAGAUGUGAGCGAGGGCGAGCCAGAGGCUCAGACUUUGGCGAUCCGCUUUGCCAACAGUGAUAACGCGAAUCAGUUCAAGGAGGCUUUCAUCAAGGCACAGCAAGAAAAUGAGGUCAUCUUUAAAAAAGAUGAAACAAAGACAGAGUAAGAGGAUCUAGUCAUGCUAGGACAGUGCAGAUCAGCAGGCUCGUUGCCCGGUCAUGCGGUAGUUACGGAAGCCCAGAACAAGUCCCGAGUCAAUUUUCAAGCAUCAGAUCGAUACAAUUCACCAGACCGUCACUUCCUGCUUCGAUACCCCUUUACCCGUUCAAAAGCUUCUCUACCGACAAUGCACAACGUCACCUAUUGAUUUAUACGAACUUCACGUCGUAAGGAAACAAAAAUUGGUGCUCAAGCAUGGAGGCAGCAUUUCUCAUCUGUUUUGGAGCCAAGGCCUGAAGCGUAGAUAGAAUAUUUUGUAGAUAGAGAAAUACUAACACGCUGGUGGGGAUUGUUCUGUUCCUGCUUGCUUCCGAAACUUACACAGUA